AUGCAGUGUCAGAUGCAGAGUGCCACCACCAGGCACAGUACAAGGUGCCAACCCAGACAUUUUAAAAUGGCCACAAUGAAAAACUGCACCCCGUGGCUGGAUUGUGAACAAAUAAGGAAUGAAGUGCUCAAGUUGAAGCUCAUUGGUCAAGGAGCAGUAAAGCAGGUGUUUUUGGCAGAAUGGAAAGCUCAGAAAAUAGCUUUGUCCCUUCUAAGCUCAUCUAAAUACUCUGAGGAUUUUCUCCAUGAUGCAAUAAAGAGUAAGUAUGCCCCCAUGCAGGAGUCUGCAAAAGCCAAAUGGCCCAUUAAGAAUCGUGUGGCAGUCAACUUCUGCUGA